GAUAGACAAUCAAACACACAGAUAGACAACCAGGCACACAGACAGACAACCAGACACAUAGAUAGACAACCAGACACACAGAUAGACAACCAGGCACACAGACAUGCAAUCAGACAAACAGAUAGGCAACCAGACACACAGAUAGACAACCAGACAGAUACAUGGAUGGAUACACAGAUAGAUGGACAUACAGAGAGAGAGAGAGCAAUAGUUAUGUAUACACACACAAAGCUAUAUAGAUGAGUAUGCACUUAUAGAGAUGCAUAUACACAUACAAGGCCAGAUAUAUAGCUACGUUGUCAAACAUAUUUGCAUGGACCAACAUAACAGCAGUUACUUCCACAAAUUAUAAAUCGACGUAGACAAAAAGAAAAACCACACGGGUGUAUGGGAAGAGAUCUAAAAGAAUAACUGGGACAGACGGCUAUAGAUGGACAGGUGGACAUUGAGAUAGAUCGCUGGACAGAUAUGUGUGUCUCAAUAGACAGACACACGGGUAUAUGGAGGCAAGUCGACGGACGGAGGAAUCGAUUGACAGGCUGCGAUAGUUCAUUAACGUGAUUCAAGGUGAGACAGCGAAUUUCUGUACUCUGCCCGAGUCUUCCUGCCAAAGGCGCUCUCUCCAUCUCUGCUGCUAUUUAAUUACUGCAAUCAGGCCAACAAUUAUUAUCAUCGUCGUCGUCGUCAUCAUCAUCAUUAAGACAAUUAGUACACCGUGAGCCCAUCGCGUGCACAGAACUCAUUUCCGAGAAGCGGCUCCUGAGGCGUCGUCCGAACUUCACGGAGGAGGUGGGCGGACGAGGUGGGCGGACGAGGUGAGCGGACGAGGUGAGGUGACGGAGCCCCCCAUCACCAGCUCGCCAUGCCGCGUCUCCGCUUCCUGCAGCAGCCGCCGCCGCCGCCGCUGCCGCCGCUGCUGCUGCCGCUGCUGCUGCUCGGCUGCGUGAGCCUCGCGCGAACCUCGUGGAGCCUGGACCCUGAAGACCCCAACGUGUGCAGCCACUGGGAGAGCUACGCCCUGACUGUGCAGGAGUCGUACGCACACCCCUAUGAUCAAGUCUACUACACGCGCUGCACAGACAUCCUCAACUGGUUCAAGUGCACGCGACACAGGGUCAGCUACCGCACCGCGUACCGGCGCGGAGUCCGCACCAUGUACCGCAGGCGCGCGCAGUGCUGCCCCGGACACUACGAGAGCGCCGACGGAUGCGUCCCGCUGUGCCGAGGAGAGUGCGUGCACGGGAAGUGCGUGGCACCGGACUCGUGUCUGUGCGAGCCCGGCUGGGGAGGAGGCGACUGCUCCAGCGGCUGCGCCAGCGACCGCUGGGGUCCACACUGCAGCCACCGCUGUCAGUGUCUGAACGGGGCUCGGUGUAACCCCUUGACGGGGGUCUGCGACUGCGCCCCGGGGUUCCGGGGAGCCCAGUGCGGGGAGCCGUGCCCCCCCGGGACGUACGGACCGGGCUGCCUCGCGCCGUGUCGCUGUCACAACGGGGCCACGUGCCACCCCGCCACGGGCCAGUGCGUGUGCCAGCCGGGGUUCACCGCGCCGCUCUGCGACGAGCGAUGCGCAGGGGGCGUCUGCGUUGAGGAGGCGAGGUGCCCGUGCCAGAACGGAGGCUCGUGCCCUCAGGGCACGGCAGGACCGUGCGUCUGUGCGCGGGGGUGGACGGGGGCCGCGUGCGCCGUUCCGUGUCCCCCGGGCCGCUUCGGCGACAGCUGCGCCGAGCGGUUGCCGCUGUCACAACGGGGCGCAGUGCGACCACGUGACGGGGAGGUGCACGUGCCCGCCAGGGUACACCAGCUCAAGGUGCCAGGACGCGUGCCCCCUGGGCAGGCACGGCCAGGACUGUGCCUUGCCGUGCGACUGCGACAACGGCGCGCGCUGCUUCCACGUGACGGCGCGUGUCUCUGCGAGUCGGGCUCGGCGGGGCCCGCUAGUGAGCACCGACUCUGCCCCCCAGGGCUCUACGGCCCCAGCUGCGAGCAGGCGUGCCCCUGCGACCCCGACCACACGGCCAGCUGCCACCCCGUCUCGGGCGAGUGCGCGUGCCUGCGUGGCUGGACGGGCGCGCGCUGCGACGCCGCCUGCACCGCGCCGCUCUUCGGCGAGGGCUGCGCGCAGCCGUGCGCGUGCCCCGGGGCCGCGCUCUGCCACCACGAGACCGGCGCCUGCUCCUGCCCCCCGGGACUCGCCGGCCCCGACUGCUCCACGCCGUGCCCACUCGGCACGUUCGGCACGAACUGCUCGGCCUCCUGCGCCUGCCUCAACGGCGCCAGCUGCAGCCCCCUUGACGGGAGCUGUUCGUGCCUGGCGGGAUGGCACGGCCCCGACUGCUCGCUGCCGUGCGCCCAGGGCAGCUGGGGCCUCGGCUGUAACCGCUCGUGCCGCUGCCGCCCACCCGCCUUCUGCGACCCCGCGUCGGGGGACUGCGCGUGCCCCCCAGGGUGGAGGGGUCACGCGUGCGAGCUCGCGUGUCAGCCCGGCUCGUUCGGACUCGGCUGCCGGGAGCUCUGCGACUGCGGCCACGCGGAGCGGUGCGACCGCGUCACAGGGCGCUGCCUCUGCCACUCCGGAUGGACCGGGGUGCGCUGUGACAGCGCCUGUGCCCCGGGUCGCUGGGGGCCCAACUGCUCGCGCACGUGCGGAUGCCACAACGGCGCGUCCUGCCGCCCCGCGGACGGGGCGUGCGAGUGUGCGGCGGGAUACAGGGGCACGACGUGCCAGAGAGUGUGCCCUCCAGGCACCUUCGGCCUCGGCUGUGCCCAGGCCUGCCCCCAGUGUCUACACGGCAACGGGCCGUGCCACCACGUGACGGGGGAGUGCCGCUGCCUGCCCGGGUUCACGGGGCAGCUCUGCGACCAGGCGUGUCCCCCAGGCAGGUACGGGCGCGGGUGCCGGGAGGAGUGUGCGUGUGCCAACAACAGCUCCUGCAGCCACGUGGACGGCACGUGUCACUGCACGCCGGGGUGGCUCGGCCGGGACUGCUCGCAGGCCUGCCCGCCGGGCCUGUGGGGGGCUAACUGCCUGCACACGUGCAGCUGCCACAACGGCGGGGGGUGCAGCGCGCGCGACGGGAGCUGCACGUGCUCGGCCGGGUGGAUGGGAGCGCACUGCACGCGGCGCUGCCCGGUCGGCCUCUUCGGCGCUGGCUGCAAGGAGCGCUGCGCGUGCGAGAACGGCGCCGACUGCGAGUCCGCGACGGGGCGCUGCUCGUGCCCCGCGGGCUUCACGGGCGCGCGCUGCCAGCUCGCGUGUCCCCAGGGCUCGUACGGCCUGCGGUGCCAGCUGGCGUGUGGCUGCACCAACAACAGCACGUGUGAGCCCGUGAGCGGGGCCUGCUCCUGCGCCAGCGGGUGGACGGGGCUGAGUUGUGACUCCGCGUGUCAGCCCAGCCACUAUGGUCCUCAGUGCCAGUUCCGCUGUGAUUGCUUCUCAUAUCAGAUGUGCCACCCGGUGCAGGGCUGUGUCAGCAGGGGCAUGGGGAUGGGAGUGGAGGGAUUUGGUGCCCUCGUUCCUCUCGUGCCCGUGGGACUGCCGUCCUCCCCGGCCUUGGCCCCAUCGGCCGGGGCGGGCGGGCCGCCCGAGGAGGCAGCGGGCGGGGAGUCGCUGGGCGCGGUGGUCGGGGUGGUGUUGGUGCUGCUGCUGCUGCUCUUGCUGCUACUGUCGCUGCUGCUGCUCGCGGUGUUCUACCGGCGGAGACGGCGGCGGCUGCGCGGCCUCGCCCGCGGCGGGCGGCGCGAACCGGGAGCCGGGGCGGCGGCGGCGGCCGCGGCCUCGUUCAGCGCCGGCGCGGCGCGGUCCGUGGCGUCGGAGUGCGCGCACGCAGCGGUGCAACAGGCACAGAUAACAAAAUAA